AUGGGGAAAGCCGAUGCUGCCUUCACACUCCUUCUUGGCGCCAUCCCAGCGCUCAUACUCCUCCACCUUUACCUGGCUCCCUACACCAAGGUGGAGGAGUCUUUCCAUGUGCAAGCCAUUCAUGACAUUCUCUCCUACGGCAUCCCAACUCAAAAUGUAGCCGAGACGCUACGCACCAAGUAUGAUCAUUUCACCUUUCCCGGUGCGGUGCCUCGGACAUUCGUCGGAGCUGCUGUCCUGUCUGCAUUAUCGCAGCCAUUCAUCUGGUUGAAUGAUACAAUUGAUCGGCAACUGCUCGCACGAGCCAUUCUGGGCCUGUCCAAUGCCCUGUCUUUGCUCUCCUUUGCAUCCGGACUGCGACGAGCGUUCGGAAAGACUGCAGCGAUCUGGUACCUGCUCUGCCAGGCAAGCCAAUUCCAUGUUCUUUACUAUGCAUCGCGGACACUGUCCAACAUGUUCGCUUUCGGGCUAUCCACCCUAGCGCUACGAUACCUUCUCCAGGACCAUACCCAAUUAGCAGCUUCCAAGACGUAUAGAAACCGGUGUCGCCUAUCCCUAUGCCUGUUGACCAUAGCCGGUAUUAUCUUCCGUUCGGAGCUGGCUCUCUUCCUUGCCACAAACACCAUCUUUCUUUUUCUUACAGGACGCAUCGGCAUCCAGCGAGAGAUAAUCCCAGCCGGGCUACUAGGCCUGCUCCUCGGCUUAGGGUCGACCGUCCUCGUGGAUUCCUUCUUCUGGCAAAAGUAUCCUCUAUGGCCAGAGCUAGAAGCUUUCGUAUUCAACGUCAUCCACGGGCAAUCAUCUGCCUGGGGCACACAUCCAUGGCACUUCUACUUCACCAACGCUAUCCCUCGCCUCCUACUCAAUCCUCUGGUCUAUCUAGUCGGGCUCCCGUUCGCUCUAUUCCAGCCAUCAACCCGAUCUGCUGCAGCAUACCUGCUCAUCCCAUCACUUACCUUCAUAGCCAUCUACAGCACCCAGCCUCACAAAGAAUGGCGUUUCAUCGUCUACGCUAUCCCCCCACUAACCGCCGCCUCCGCCCUGGGAGCGUCCUACAUCUGGACGCACCGGACCAAAUCCCUCCUCUACCGGCUGCUCUCCCUGGCCAUGAUCCUAUCCACCCUCGCCUCAUUCCUCUGCUCAACUUUCAUCCUCCUCCCCGCCUCCUCCGCAAACUACCCAGGCGCACACGCCAUCCAAUCCCUCCACAGUCAUGCCCACAGCACCAAACCCAUCAUCUCCGUCCACCUAGGUAACCUCGCCUGCCAAACAGGCGUUACCCGUUUCCUCGAAAUGCCCAAUCCACCAGACAACUCAACCCCAGCCUGGACAUACGAUAAAACCGAAAACGAAACCCUCAAAUCCACGUCUUCCUUCUGGACCCAGUUCGACUAUCUCCUCAUCGAACCCGGGGAAGAAGAAUCGAAGGUCCGGUCUCUCUCUGGGCCAGAUCAUUGGGAGGACGUGGAUGUCAUCGAGGGGUUCGCGGGUCUGCGGGUCGUUAGGCCUGGUGAACAGGCCGUGGGUGCAGUUGAGGAGCGGGUUCUCACGAAGUUUGUUGGUGAGGAUGGUGCUCGAGUUUGGAGAGCUGGUCGGGAUUUUGCUCGUCGGACUGUUACGCGGGGUUGGUGGGUUGAGGUGAGGAUGGAUCCGAAGAUUAAGAUUUUGGGGCGGGUUUCUGUUUAG